AUGACACCAGAGCGAGAGGAGGACAGGGCGUCAGCUUUUACACUCGGCCCGAGAAGUCCUCUUAGCAGGGUGCGGGCAGACCCUAGAAUAGAGCCGCAGCGACGGGAGGGUGAAGGGAGUAGCAAGUUGGUUUCUCUGGAGACCUCUGGAUCUCAGACGAGGCUGGCCAGAGCAGGAGGAGGUGCAGGGCAUGCAGAAGCCUGCUGGCUGCUUGGGCAUGUCAUCACCACUGAUGUGAGUAGUAGAUGUGGGGUUCCCACGGACUCAGUGGCGCUCCAUCUGACCUUCUGCCGGCUUGCUGAGCUGGGCACCGGGGUCUGA